AGCAGAGAUGGGUGGUGGUUCAUCGAUCCCCGAUGGUUGCCCGCUGAGGAUUGUGAUGAUUGGGAAAACUGGUGUUGGGAAAAGUGCAGCUGGUAACACCAUCGUCAGCAAAGAAAACACUUUUAAGUCUAAUGAGAGUUCAGAGUCAGUGACAGUGCACUGUGAGAUGAUUAAACUUGAGUGUGCCAGAAAUAUCCAUUUGGUCGAUACACCCGGCAUUCUGGACACGUCAAAAAGUGCAGAUACCAUAAAGAAAGAAAUAGCUAAAUGUAUUCAGAUGACCACCCCCGGCCCCCACGUCUUCCUGCUGGUCCUUCAGAUCGGCAGGUUUACCACAGAAGAACAGAACUGCGUGGACGCCCUGGAGAAACUCUUUGGGCCUGAUGCAUCAAACUACAUGAUCGUCCUGUUUACUCAUGGUGACAAGCUGACUCACGAGAAGAUAACCAUACACGACUAUUUGAGAAAAGGCCACCCGAAGCUCAGAGAGCUGCUGAACAGGUGUGGUAACAGGUACCAUGUGUUCGACAAUAAAAACAUCAAGAACAGAGCUCAGGUUGGUGAGCUGUUCAAAAAGAUCGAUGACAUGGUGGCAGCGAAUGGAGAAGGACACUACACCGAUGAAAUGUUCGAGAAGGCAGGGCAGAUUCUGCGGCAGCGUGAAAACAUUUUCGAUAAUGAGUACCUGGCGAACAACAUGAGCUUCAUGGCUGAGCUGUUUCAGAGAAUCCUCCUGUUUCAGACCAUACUGGUUUCAGGCAACGAAGACGAGAACCCUGAAGAUCCUUCCUCUGACUCCAGGACGCAAACUUAAUCUGGCAGAAAUCAGCUCUGCAGUUUUGUAAUCACAGGGGUUCUUUACAUUAUUAAAAUAACCACGAUAUUAGUUAAAUCAUCAAUUCUAAUCCUUUCAACCAUAAAAUGUUUGGAAUUGGAAUUUUCAGAAUUUGCUAAACGUUUAAAUUUAAUCAUUUAUAUUUUAAAUCACUUUCCUUUCAGCUGUGUAAUUUAAAUCAGUGAGAAUUUCUUCAUGGGAAUAUUUCUGUGACUUGUCUGAUCAGCUGAUUUCUAAACAUGUAGGCAUCAUCCAAAUCUGUUUCCUGCUUAAAAUCAUGUAAAAAGUGUCAUAUUUAAAUGUGUGUUAGGCUAGGAAAACUACAUUUUUAGGACGGGUUAAAUGCUCUAU